AAAACGGCAAGGCAGCGAGCAUCUCCAACUUGUGGCCGCAGAAGGCGCACACAAGUAUGACUUGAGGAGGAGGCUGCGCGCACACCGAAACAACCAAGCGGAUUGCCAAAAAAAAACGUUCACCAUUGUCCGAGUGAAUAUAAAGCGGCAUUUACAAGCGACGAGUGCAAGAGGUUAGGUUGACGAGAAGAGUUGGGGGCAACAUACAGGAGGUGCAAAAGGAAAAGAGUGACGCGAUCGAGAGGGGCGACAUGUUUGGAAUGAUCAAGAAUUCGCUUUUCGGAAACAGCGAGGAGACCGAAUACAAACUACUAAGCACGGAGACCAAGGAUGGCGUAAGCUUUGAGGUACGGCGUUACGACGCCGCCAAAUACGCCGUCGUUUCCUCCGAGGGGCGCACUUAUGACCAGGUGACGGGGGAGCUCGUGAGGAAGCUGCUCAUGUACAUCGGCGGGAGCAACGAGCAAGGUGAGGCGAUGGGUACGGCGGCACCUACCAUCAUCACGGUCUACCCUCGGAACGACGGCGUUCUGUCCCGUCGUUUGGUGGUCGCCAUCCGCAUCCCUACCGUAUACCAGCAGAGCCCCCCGGCCCCCACGGACAGCACCAUAAGGGUCGAGGACCGGCCUGGCAUGACUGUCUAUACACUGCAAUUUGGAGGUUUCGCAGGUGAGAGCGAGUACCGAGCAGAGGCCUUGCGUUUGACACGCACGCUCGGCGAGACGGCCCCAUUCCAGCGCAAGCAAUACUUCUGUUGCAGUUACGACUCGCCGAUCAAGCCCUACGGACGCCGCAACGAGGUCUGGUUCAUACAGGACGAGCCGUAGGCCACCGCUUGCCCCUUUUGGCUUCUUUCCCCAGACUGACCGCUUGCUUCGCCGACCACUCCCGCAAAUGGACACCAACGCGACUUAAGUAUUGUUUUGUCUCUUUUGAAUUCAACACAUCCCCCGACUAUGCGGACAAAAAGUAGCGCCGUUGUAUGUUUGUGAGUCCAAAAUGUCCCGUACGCUGUGGUUU